AGAUUACAUCAGAUAUGACUAUGUGAGUAGCCUAGGAUAGCCCAAAGGAAGGACAUGAUGUCAGAGUAACGUAUGAAACGUUUGUGAGGGCAAGGCCAGAAAACCAUGCAGUCAUCAGGGCACAGAUUCCGUGAUGUUGAGCACCACCCACUUCUUGCUGAAAAUGACAGCUAUGAUUCCUCUUCCUCAGAGGCCGACAUGGCAGAGAGGGUUUGGUUCAUCCGAGAUGGCUGUGGUAUGGUCUGUGCUAUAAUGACAUGGCUUCUGGUUGUCUAUGCAGACUUCGUAGUGACUUUUGUCAUGUUGCUGCCUUCCAAAGACUUUUGGUACUCUGUCAUCAACGGUGUUCUCUUUAACUGCUUGGCAGUGCUAGCUUUGUCGUCGCAUCUGAGAACUAUGCUAACUGAUCCCGGGGCUGUACCCAAAGGAAAUGCCACUAAAGAAUACAUGGAUAAUUUGCAACUGAAACCAGGAGAAGUGAUUUACAAAUGUCCAAAGUGCUGUAGUAUCAAACCUGAACGUGCACACCAUUGCAGUAUUUGCAAACGAUGUAUUCGAAAGAUGGAUCACCACUGCCCGUGGGUGAAUAAUUGCGUGGGGGAGAAAAAUCAGAGAUUUUUUGUUCUGUUUACGAUGUAUAUAGCCCUAAUUUCAGCUCAUGCACUCGUACUGUGUGGGUUUCAGUUUUUCUCCUGUGUCCGAGGGCAGUGGACUGAAUGCAGCGACUUCUCCCCACCUGUAACUGUGAUCCUGAUGAUCUUCUUGUGCCUUGAGGGUUUUCUGUUUCUCACUUUCACUGCAGUCAUGUUUGGCACCCAAAUCCACUCAAUAUGCAAUGAUGAAACGGAGAUUGAAAGACUGAAGAGUGAAAAGCCGACAUGGGAGCGAAGACUACGUUGGGAAGGAAUGAAAUCUGUUUUUGGGGGCCAGCCUUCACUCCUGUGGAUCAAUCCUUUUGCAGGAUUUCGAAUCAGACAGCUGCUACUGAGAACAAAGAAGGGAGGACCUGAGUUUUCUGUUUGAGUCUGGUUAUGCUGGAACUUGCAAGAAUACUAUAUAAUAUUUAUUUGGGGCCAGAGAAGGCUGUCUACAUAUAAUCUGUGACCAGGUGAAACUGAUAUCAGACAUUUGCUUGUAGCAAGCAGAGUUUUAUACGUUUAUCGUCACAGACAUCUCAUUAACUUUCAGAGACGCGAACUGGAUCUGUAAUGAUCUAACAGCAAGAUAACAAAGGAGAAGCACGUGGUCACACUAAACAAGCCAAAUGUCAUGCUACUGUAAUUUAUUUUAUGAGAUUAAUUAUCCUUUUUUGUUAAACCCUUUUUAUUUGAUAAAUGCUUCGGGAAUUACCUGUGUGUUUUUAUAAAA